AUGGUCAAACCGGGAUUCGUUGUGCCAGAAAAAAUAAGGGAAAGUACAAGAUUUUAUCCUUACUUUAAAGAUUGCAUUGGAGCUAUUGAUGGUACCCAUAUUCCAGCAAUGGUAACUGGACAUGAUACAAGCAGUUACAAAAAUCGUUAUGGAACGAUUUCUCAGAAUGUUUUGGCCGCUUGUAACUUUGAUUUGGAAUUUAUAUACGUGAUUAGUGGGUGGGAGGGUUCAGCAUAUGAUUUUAAAGUGUUGAGUGAUGCUUUAACAAGGAGAAAUGGACUUAAAGUGCCACAAGGUAAAUAUUUUUUGGGAGACUGUGGAUUUCCAAAUCGACGUCAGUUUUUAACUCCUUUUCGAGGUGUCUGUUAUCAUCUUCAAGAUUUUGCCGGUCAAGGUCGUGAUCCUGAAAAUACAAAAGAGUUGUUUAAUCUUCGUCAUGCUUCCUUAAGGAACGUAGUUGAGAGGAUAUUUGGUAUAUUUAAAUCAAGAUUCACAAUUUUCAAAACAACUCCUCCAUUUUCAUAUCGUACACAAGCCGAACUCGUAUUAGCUUGUGCAGGAUUACACAAUUUUCUCCGAAAAGAAUGUCGGUCCGAUGAAUUUCCAGUCGAACCCGAUAACAAAGAUUCAUCAUCUUUUUCGAUUAAUGAGGGGGAAGAUUUUGGACCAUUUUUUGAGAGUCAAGAACAAGAAAGAGAGAAUGCUAAUGCAUGGAGGGCUGCUCUAGCAACGAACAUGUGGAAUGAUGUUGGAAAUGUUUGA